UUUUUUAUCUUUCUUCUUCUUCCCUCUUGAGCGCCCGUCUCCUCCUCUCGUUUUUCUGACGACCAGAGACCCCGCGCCGCGCCUCCUCGCCGUCGACUCCUCGCCGCAGCAGUUCGGCCUUCCUUUCCCUUCUCUCCGUUUCCAUUUCUUGUGAGCGCAAAAGUCACAACGAAGCCGCGACUUCAGCCCGAUCGAGACAGUCGCGUCUUCGUCCUUCUCUCCGAGCAACUCCGGCGACUAUCGCCGACAAGGAAUUAGGAAUUUCCUACGAGUUGGCUGAGGCUGUGCAAUCUUCUCCGCAGAGCUAUAAAAGAGGUGACGGUGCAAUUAUGGGCAUUGAUGAGACAACAGUAACUUUGGAACCUGAGCAGAGCAAUGGAGGGGGACUAUAUGUUCCUGGGAAGGAAAGAGUUGAAUUCAGAGCUCCUCCAAAGAAGUCCCUUUUAGGUUUAGAUGUCCUUGCAAUUGCGAAACGAGAAGGAUCUGAUGCAAAUGAUGUGUUCAAGGUCCCAAGAGAAAGAGUUACGUCUAUUGCAGCCUCUGUUGAUGACUCAGAACUUGAAUCUUCUGUUAUAGAUGAUGAAGGGGCCAGUGAAUCUAAUCGAAGUAGCAAUCAUUUAACUAGAAGAUAUCGUGAAACAACUAUUCAUGAGAUUUCUCGUGGAGAAAGUACUGUUCCUCGGAAAGCAACAACUAGUGCUACACAUGGGAGUCACUGCACGAGAGAAAAUAGGUCAUCAGAUGAUAUGACUAGAAAUGUUAGUAGCUCGUCCAAUAUCCAAUCUAGGAGUCCUAAGGGUGGGACAGAGGACCUCAAAAGCAUCAGAAAAGAUUUUAGGGAUGACUCCAGGAGAGAAAGCAGGAAGGUAAGGCACAGGCAUACUGUUAAUCGUGAAGAGCGGAGUCAUGGAAGGGAAGCACGUGGUUCGUAUGAAAGAGAAGAUAGUAGAGAUUAUGGCAGAAAAAGGGGUAGAUAUGAAGGUUCAAGUCGAACACCAGGCAGGUCUGACUGGGAUGAUGGGAGAUGGGAUUGGGAAGAAACACCUUAUCGGGAUAGUCACUCUAAUACCAACCGACAGCAUCGUUCUUCACCAUCUCCCAUGUUUGUUGGGGCCUCACCUGAUGCACGUUUAGUGUCCCCAUGGUUAGGUGGCCAUACACCUUCCUCUAUUGGUUCUACUGCUUCUCCAUGGGAUAAUAUUGCUCCUUCUCCAGUUCCAAUACGGGCCUCUGGAUCUUCAGCUAAGUCUUCAAGUUCUAGACAUGUUGUGAGGUCCCAUCAACAUUCUUUCUCCUCUGCAAGUUCGCGAUCAUCGGAGGAUGAGGGAUCAGAUAAACCGUAUUCAUCUGAAGAAAAAAAUAUUGAGAUUACUGAAAGUAUGCGCAUAGAGAUGGAGUAUAAUGCUGAUCGAGCAUGGUAUGACAGAGAAGAAGGUAACACAAUGUUUGAUGGUGAUAGCUCAUCAUUUUUCCUCGGGGAUGAAGCCUCAUUCCAGAAAAAAGAGGCAGAAUUGGCCAAAAGACUGGUUCGAAAAGAUGGCACUAGAAUGUCACUUGCGCAAAGCAAGAGGUUGUCUCAGCUGACUGCUGAUAAUGCCCAGUGGGAGGACAGACAGCUCUUGAGAUCUGGUGCUGUUAGGGGUACUGAAGUGCAGGCUGAUUUUGAUGAUGAGGAAGAACGAAAAGUGAUCCUUCUCGUACAUGAUACAAAACCCCCUUUUCUUGAUGGAAGAGUUGUUUAUACGAAACAAGCUGAGCCUAUUAUGCCCAUUAAAGAUCCCACCUCUGACAUGGCCAUUAUUUCGCGGAAAGGAUCUGCUCUAGUGAGAGAAAUUCAUGAAAAGCAAAGUAUGAACAAGUCACGCCAGCGUUUUUGGGAGCUCGCUGGAUCGAAACUUGGCAAUAUUCUUGGUGUUGAAAAGACUGCUGAACAGAUUGAUGCUGAUACUGCCACAGUAGGCGAAGAAGGCGAAGUGGAUUUUAGAGAAGAUGCCAAAUUUGCUCAGCAUUUGAAGAAGCAGGAGGCUGUGAGUGAUUUUGCAAAGACAAAAACCCUUGCGCAGCAACGUCAAUAUCUUCCCAUAUACUCAGUUCGUGAGGAUUUACUGCAGGUGGUCCGUGAAAAUCAGGUCAUUGUUGUUGUAGGAGAAACUGGUUCAGGAAAGAAAACUCAAUUGAUACAGUAUCUCCAUGAAGAUGUGUAUGCACAAAAUGGUAUAGUUGGUUGCAGACAACCAAGGAGUGUGGCAGCCAUGAGUGUCGCAAAUAGAGUUAGCGAGGUGAUGGAAACUGAAUUGGGAGAUAAAGGGUAUGCCAUUCGUUUUGAGGAUGUGACUGGGCCAAACACCAUAAUCAAGUAUAUGACAGAUGGAGUGCUUUUGCGUGAAACUCUAAAAGAUUCUGAUCUUGACAAGUAUAGGGUCAUAGUCAUGGAUGAAGCACAUGAAAGAUCUUUAAGCACAGAUGUGCUGUUUGGGAUAUUGAAGAAGGUAGUUGCACAGCGUCGUGACUUCAAGCUUAUAGUAACAUCUGCAACUCUAAAUGCUGAGAAAUUUUCCAAUUUCUUUGGGAGUGUACCGAUUUUCCACAUUCCAGGGAGAACAUUCCCUGUGAAUACUUUGUACAGUAAAAGUCCCUGUGAAGAUUAUGUUGAAGCUGCAGUGAAGCAAGCUAUGACCAUCCACAUUACCAGUGCACCAGGCGAUAUUCUGAUAUUUAUGACUGGCCAAGACGAAAUUGAAGCGGCCUGUUAUGCCCUUGCUGAGCGCAUGGAACAACUCAUCUCUUCCUCAAAUAAAGCAGUACCUAAGCUCUUGAUACUGCCUAUAUACUCCCAACUACCAGCUGAUUUGCAAGCAAAAAUAUUCCAAAAGGCGGAAGAUGGUGCCCGAAAAUGCAUUGUUGCCACCAACAUUGCUGAAACAUCGUUGACAGUUGAUGGAAUUUUUUAUGUCAUUGACACAGGGUAUGGUAAAAUGAAAGUUUACAAUCCUAAGUUUACAAUCCUAAUGGGUAUGGAUGCUCUCCAAGUUUUUCCUGUUAGCCGCGCUGCUGCUGAUCAGCAUGCUGGACGUGCGGGUAGAAAUGGCCCUGGUACAUGUUAUAGGCUUUAUACAGAAAGUGCUUACGUAAAUGAAAUGCUGCCAAGUCCAGUGCCAGAGAUCCAGAGGACCAACCUUGGUAAUGUGGUUUUGUUGCUGAAGUCUCUCAAAAUUGAUAACUUGCUAGAUUUUGAUUUCAUGGACCCACCUCCAUAGGAUAACAUCCUCAAUUCAAUGUAUCAGUUAUAGGUCCUGGGUGCACUUAACAAUGUUGGAGGUCUAACUGAUCUUGGCUGGAAAAUGGUGGAUUUCCCAUUAGACCCUCCACUUGCUAAGAUGCUGUUGAUUGGAGAACAGCUGGGAUGUAUAAAUGAGGUUUUGACGAUUGUGUCGAUGCUUUCAGUGCCAUCAGUGUUUUUUCGCCCCAAAGAUAGAGCAGAGGAAAGUGAUGCUGCAAGGGAGAAAUUUUUUGUUCCUGAAUCUGACCACUUAACUUUGCUUAAUGUUUACUUGCAAUGGAAAGAGCACCAGUAUCGGGGAGAUUGGUGUAAUGAUCAUUUUCUGCAUGUCAAAGGAUUACGGAAGGCUAGAGAAGUCAGAUCCCAGCUGCUGGAUAUUCUCAAAACUUUGAAAAUCCCAUUAACUUCUUGUGGGCAUGAUUGGGACGUUAUAAGGAAAGCAAUUUGUUCUGCAUAUUUCCACAAUGCAGCAAGGUUAAAGGGUGUUGGGGAAUAUGUCAAUUGCAGGAAUGGAAUGCCAUGCCAUCUUCACCCGAGUAGUGCGCUGUAUGGCUUAGGUUACACUCCUGAGUAUGUGGUCUAUCAUGAAUUGAUUUUGACAACGAAAGAGUACAUGCAAUGUGCCACUGCGGUGGAGCCUCAGUGGCUGGCUGAGCUGGGGCCAAUGUUCUUUUCCGUGAAGGACUCAGAUACAUCCAUGUUGGAGCAUAAGAAAAGGCAGAAAGAAGAAAAAACUGCAAUGGAAGAGGAAAUGGAAAAUUUGAGGAAGGAGCAAGCAGAGGUAGAGAGGGAAAGCAAGGAAAAAGAGAGGCAAAAGAGGGCAAAGCAACAGCAGCAAGUGUCAAUGCCAGGGAUGCGACAAGGCACUUCCACUUACCUGAGACCCAAAAAGCUCGGUUUGUGAAUGUUAACUAGGGCUGUUCACAUCGCUUAUUCGGGUUACCAGUGUAAGAGAUGCAAAAAGCUGACAGAGCACUAAACAUGUUAGAGAUGAAUCUGUUGGUGACCUGGAUAGAAAAUUUAAAAUGUUCCAACUGGUUCCAAAACAACCCAAAUUGAACCGCACUAACCAGGAUGUAUUUAUCUGUUGAAUGUUAUUAACAUCUACCUACUAUAACAGAUGUUGUGCAAGGGGGAGGAAAAUCAUUAGCUGAUAUAAAUUUCUUUUUUUCUUUUAAUGUAAAUAUGUAGCCAUAAUAUUGAAGUGCUCGAGUGAGGGUCGGAUAAUUUAUUGCCUUGUACAGUAGCAGAAACUGUGCGUUGCAGGUAAGGAUAUUAGGUGGUGUUUUGAUGGGAUUUACACGGCUGCCUUUUGGUACGACGGAGCGCCUAGAUGUCUUAUGAGAUGCAAACAAGACGCUAGUGGAGAAAAAAAGAAUAUAAUUCUAUUGAUUCAGCAACUUAUCUAUGAUAUUUUCAUUUUUGAUACUUUUUUAUUUUCUGCCAAAUAACCAUCAGUUUUUUGUAUCACUGAAUUAAUUCUUGAUUUAACUUUUAGUUUAAGCUCAUUAGCAAUAA